AUGGCAGCCACGAGCGUAUUGAACGAGCCGGCGUAUGCUCAUGUGUUUGACCAGAAAGAAGAUGUCAUCUCGGCCGCAAAGAAUGGCCUGUCAUGGACCUACCACGCCGACAAAGACGCACAAUACGUGCUGCCCAACAACUCGCCCGAGCACAUCCGUCUCGAGCAACAAGCGGUACUACUCUCCGGCCUGAUGAACCAUCGAAUCUUCCAUGCCCCCGUCAAAGACGGCCCACACCUACAAUGUCUCGACAUCGGUUGCGGCACUGGCAUAGUGACUGAUACCAUGGCCACCACGCUCCCGCAAGCGCAAUGCUUCGGUGUCGAUCUCUCUCCCGUGCCCAACAUGCGGGCUCCUAAACCGAACGUGCGUUUCUUUCAGGGCAACGUCGGCACCCAGCCUCCCUCGCAAUGGAUACCAAACGACAGAGAGUCGGGUUUCGAACGAGACCACGAAGUCUUCGACUACGUCUUCAGCCGCCUUCUCAUCUUUGGCGUCACCGAUUGGCCAGCCUACAUCCGCACACAGUUCGAUCUUCUGAAACCCGGAGGCUGGGCGGAGGUCCACGACUGCGACUGGACAUAUUUCAACGAAGCCGAAGAAGUCAUCUCUGACGAGUGGUCCUGGUUACAGACCCUGCACUCCAUUUGCGAAGGGGAGAAAGGCAUGGACUUCCAAUGCGGGCGCAAGGUCGCGCAAUGGAUGGAGCAGGCGGGCUUCCGCGACAUUCAGGUGUUCAAGUACAAAUGGUCGUAUGAUCCGCUCUCCACUCAGGAGCCUGGAGUCCGGGAAUUUGGGGAGUGGCAGGUUCGAUGGCAGCCAGAAAUGAUCAAUACGAUGAUUGAGCGAUCAGUCACGAGCGGGCACGGUGCUGGCAUGGUGGAGCACAACGCCAUUGUGCGCAUGCAAGACGAGAUGAGGAAAUGUUUGGCGCCGGAGAAGGGGAAGCAUAUUUGGUUUUAUGUGACGAUUGGUCAGAAGCCGCCAGGAGUCGCGUAA